AUGUCGCAACUAAUUACUGUCGCUACUUGUAAUCUGAAUCAAUGGGCAUUGGAUUUUGAAGGUAACAGGGACCGUAUCUUAGAGUCCAUUAAGAUCGCUAAACAAAAAGGUGCAAGACUUCGUGUUGGUCCAGAAUUAGAAAUCACUGGUUAUGGUUGUUUAGACCAUUUCUUAGAGAGUGAUGUGUGUUUGCAUUCAUGGGAGAUGUAUGCUCAAAUUAUUAAGUCUCCAGAAACACAUGAUAUAUUAUUAGAUAUUGGUAUGCCAGUAUUAUAUAAAAAUGUCCGUUAUAAUUGUCGUUUGAUAUCAUUGGAUGGAAAGAUUUUAGUCAUAAGACCAAAAAUUUGGUUAGCUAAUGAUGGUAAUUACCGUGAAAUGAGAUUCUUCACUCCAUGGUUGAAACCUGGUCAUGUAGAAGAAUUCAAAUUACCACCUGAAAUUCAAAAGAUUACACAACAGGUGUAUGUACCAUUUGGUGAUGCGGUAGUUAACACUGUAGAUACCACAAUUGGAGCUGAAACAUGCGAGGAGUUAUUUACUCCUCAAACCCCAACAAUUGCAAUGUCUUUGGAUGGUGUUGAAAUAAUCACUAACUCAUCCGGUUCACAUCAUGAAUUACGUAAAUUAAACAAGAGAUUGGAUUUAAUCUUAAAUGCUACUAGUCGUUGUGGUGGUAUUUAUUUGUAUGCUAAUCAACGUGGUUGUGAUGGUGACAGACUAUAUUAUGAUGGUUGUGCACUAAUUGCAGUCAACGGUAAAAUUGUAGCUCAAGGUUCUCAAUUUUCUUUGAAUGAUGUUGAAGUUGUUACUGCCACUGUUGAUCUAGAAGAUGUUAGAAAUUACAGAGCUGCCAUCAUGUCCCGUGGGAUGCAGGCAACUUUGAAUGAAGUUAAAUUUAAAAGAGUUGAUGUUGAUUUUGAAUUAGCUCCAAUGGCAACACGAUUUGAUCCAUCUAUCUCACCAUCAAAAACGCAUGAUCCAUUUUACCAUUUGCCUGAAGAAGAAAUUGCUUUAGGUCCAGCAUGUUGGAUGUGGGACUACUUAAGAAGAUCUAAUGGUACUGGUUUCUUUUUACCUCUAUCUGGUGGUAUAGAUUCGUGUGCAACUGCAGUCAUUGUUUAUUCAAUGUGUAACUUAGUUGUCAAUGCUGCACUGGAAGGUAAUCAGCAAGUCAUUAAAGAUGCCAUUAAAAUUACAAGAAGUGAUGAAAAUUGGAUUCCUUCCGAUCCUGUUGAAUUAGCCAGCAAAUUAUUUCACACAUGUUUUAUGGGUACUGAAAACUCAUCAACUGAAACGCGUAGUAGAGCUAAGGAGUUAGCUCAACGUGUUGGUUCAUACCACGUAGAUUUGAAUAUGGAUGUGCUAGUAUCCAGUACUGUUAGCCUUUUUGAAGUUGCUACUGGUAAAAAACCAAUUUUCAAAAUAUUUGGUGGUUCACAGAUUGAAAAUCUUGCUCUACAGAAUAUUCAAGCUCGUUUAAGAAUGGUAAUUGCUUAUCUCUUUGCGCAAUUAUUACCUUGGGUCCGUAAUAUUCCAAAUUCAGGUGGUUUACUUGUUUUAGGUAGUGCUAAUGUUGACGAAUGUUUAAGAGGUUACCUAACUAAAUAUGAUUGCUCCUCCGCUGAUAUUAACCCAAUUGGUGGUAUUUCGAAAACGGAUCUUAAAAGGUUUAUUGCAUACUCUGCCAACAAAUAUGAGAUGCCAAUUUUGACAGAUUUCUUAAAUGCAACACCAACUGCCGAAUUAGAACCAAUAACUAAGGAGUACGUUCAAUCUGAUGAAGCUGAUAUGGGAAUGACAUACGAAGAGUUAAGUGCUUUUGGGGCUUUACGUAAGGUAGAAAAAUGUGGUCCUUAUUCAAUGUUCUUAAAGUUACUUCACGAGUGGACUCCAAGAUUAACACCAGCACAAGUUGCCGAAAAAGUGAAGAAGUUCUUCUUUUUCUAUGCCAUCAAUAGACAUAAGCAAACUGUGCUAACACCAAGUUACCAUGCAGAAAAUUACUCCCCCGAUGAUAACAGAUUUGAUUUGAGACCAUUUUUGAUUAACCCGAGAUUCACUUGGGCCUCCAAGAAGAUCGCUGAAGUAGUAGCUCAAUGCGAACAUAAAACCGACAAGGAAUUGAACAUCAUGUCCAUUGAUUAA